UUACAGACCUUUCUUUCUACUGCACACACACACACACACACACACACACUUAUUUCCUUGUUUUUGCACAAACCCUUUCUAGAGGUUUGUGUCUCUCCGUCUGUCUCUCUCUCUCUCUCUCUCUCUCCCCUUUUUCUCUUUCUCCUCUUCAUAUUCAACAUCUUUUUGUUCGUCAGCUCUGAGUUGUACUAAUUUCUCAAAGAUAGAUUUGGUUGGAGAAAGGAUGUCGGGUCUUUACAAUCACAACUUCUCCCCCGCGAGAGCUGCCUCGCCGCAGAUUAGAAGCAACCCCGAUUUUGACAGUAAUCAGUACUUGUCAGAGCUGUUGGCGGAGCAUCAAAAGCUUGGCCCUUUCAUGCAAGUUCUUCCCACCUGUACCAGACUCUUGAAUCAAGAGAUCUUACGGGUUACUGGUAUGAUGCCAAAUCAAAGCUUUGGGGAACUUGAGAGACUAAGGCACAGAAGUCCAAGCCCAAUGGCUUCAUCAAACCUGUUGUCAAAUAUUGCUGGGACUGGAUUAUCCGGCUGGAAUGGACCUCCUCAGGAGAGGUUUAGUGGACCACCUGGAAUGACGAUGGACUGGCAAGGAGCACCAGCAAGUCCGAGUUCUUACACUGUCAAAAGAAUAUUGCGGCUAGAAAUUCCUGUGGACAACUAUCCUACUUUCAAUUUUGUUGGGCGGCUUCUGGGGCCAAGAGGAAAUUCAUUGAAAAGAGUGGAAGUCACUACAGGAUGCCGUGUCUAUAUUAGAGGAAAAGGUUCAAUUAAGGACCCUGACAAGGAAGAUAAGCUGAGGGGGCGACCGGGCUAUGAGCACCUUAACGAGCCACUCCAUAUUCUAAUUGAGGCUGAUUUACCUGCCAACAUUGUAGAUAUCAGACUGAGGCAAGCACAGGAAAUCAUCGAAGAAUUGCUUAAGCCAGUGGAUGAAUCGCAGGACUUUAUAAAGCGGCAGCAAUUACGUGAGCUGGCCAUGCUAAAUUCAAAUUUCAGAGAAGAGAGCCCUGGUCCAAGUGGUAGCGUCUCACCUUUCAAUACAAGUGGAAUGAAACGUGCUAAAACUGGACGUUGACGUUGAAGAAGAAUUUUCUCAUCUCACAAAAUUAAGCAUGGAUAUAUAUAAAAGUAGCUUGUGAAAAAGAAAACAUAUCGUAUAUCAUAUAUCAGUAAUCAGAAACUCAUGGCCAAGUUUAUAAAUAUGACAAUUAGGCGGUUGAGGUUUUCUGGUUGGGCUUUGUUUGUAUCUCCUUUUUUAUUGAACAGAACACAGUAAGUAACAUAAUGCAUAAAUGAAAAAGAAAAGAAAAGAAAGGGAGGUGGUUCUUGAAUCUUAUAUAGUUGGUUGGGGUUUUGAAGUAGGUUUCAGCGAUUGAAAACUUAUUCAUUGUAUUGAUUCUUGUGUUGGUAAUUAUUUUAUAUUGUGGUUGAU